AUGAUGAUGAUGCGCCGUGUGAUGUGUGUGUUGGCCGUUGUGCUGUGCUGCACCUGCGGGUAUACCAUGGCUGAAGGUGGUCAGUCAAAUACGGAGAAGAACUACGAUAUUUACGUGAGUAGUUGGGAAGGGUUUCCUGGUAAGUAUCCGAAACCAGAAAAUACAGAUAUGCGUAAUAGCGGUGGUAUCCGAGAUGGAGAAAACCAACUACAUAAACAACGACAGCAAUCAUUAGGUGGUCAUGGUUCAGGAUCGGAAGAGGUAAAACAUCAGGAAACUCUUCAUGAAAAGGGUGAUAUGAUUAAUAUUUCUUCUAACCAUGACAGUGACGGUGAUCAGAACUCUCUCAGUCCUGACAGUACACUGGAGUUACCCAAGCCAAAAGAAGCACCUCAAAUACAUGUUAAAGCAGAAAAAGAAGAAUCUUCACCAGUGAGUGCUCCAGCUAUAGGGAAAGCAUUGCCAUCAGGGGCUUCAGAGACACUCACAACCACAUCUACA